AUGAGCUCUCCAUCCAAGAAUAAUUCUACGUCUUUUCCAUCGCCGUCAUCGCUUCUAUCAGCCUCGGGCGCAGCGUCAGCGUCACAACCUCGCGCUCCCCAGCUCCUCGCGCCUGCCCCGACGCUCGCCACGACGCCGACGACGCUGCCGCUCACACUUUCAAUGUCUGGAUCGACCGCUGCGACGAGCAGCUCGCACGAUAUGAUGCCCGUGACGCACCCCGCUGGGCCCUUGACGUCGACCUCUUCUGCGACAGCAGUCUCAGCCGUGCGCAGGCAGCCCACGCCCCAUGUGCCUGUCGAAACGAGGCGGAUCCGAUCCCAACAAGACAAGGAUAAUCCAACAUGGAAGAUGCUCAACCAGUAUAGGAUCACCCGGACCCUUGGUAAAGGCACCCAUGGCACCGUCAAGUAUGGUGAGGAUAUGUCAAAGGACCCAAACGCCCCAGAGCAUCAAGUGGCUAUCAAGAUCAUCAAACGAAUGGCGAAUCGAAAACGGCUUCCUCGAGCUGACGGCCGAGAGCGCACCAAUACCGCCCUGGCCAGAAUUCGCUACGAGGUCGCGGUAAUGAAACGAUGCCACCACGAUCACAUUGUUCGUCUCAUCGAGGUCAUUGACGAUCCUCGCAGUCACAACGUCUUUCUCGUCAUGGAAUAUCUAGAAGGUGGAGAGAUCAAGUGGCGUGGCCAAGAUCGCCCCAUCCUGACCCUCGGACAAACUCGUCGAAUCGUUCGCGAUGUAUUGUUGGGGCUCGAAUAUCUCCACUACAUGGGCAUUAUCCACCGCGAUAUCAAGCCUGCCAACAUGCUCUGGACCAAAGGCCGUGCUCGUGUCAAGCUCACCGACUUUGGGGUCGCUCAUUUCUCAAAGCCGCUCGCCCCAGAGGCCGCAGACGACACCCCGUACGCGGACAGUGAUGACCACCUACACAAGACCGAGGGUACACCCGCGUUUUACGCUCCCGAACAGGCAUACAAUCAAAACGGCUUGCCUGUGCCGAUGUUUCCUCCUGGCCAGCGUCCUCCCGGCGCUAAGAGCGAUCAGAUCUUUCCCAUGACAAAGGAGCUCGACGUUUGGGCGUUUGGAGUCAGCAUCUAUUGCUUCCUCUUUGGUUGCGUACCCUACUGGGGUGAAAACGUCCAUGCACUCUGCAAGGAAAUUAUCGAAAAUGAGUACACUAUCCCGCCAACCGCCACCUGUGCGCAACUGCCCAUCGAUUCAGACGACGACGAUCUGCGAGAAGCAAUCAAGAUGCUCAAGGGAAUGAUGACCAAACCCGUCCAUCUCCGUCUGCGUCUUGCGCAAGCAAAAACGUCGCCUUGGCUCACGAGCGACUUGGAAGACCCAGCCUCGUGGCUGAAAGAGACCGACCCAGAGGCCAAAGAAGCCAUCUUCAUAGGUGAGAAUGAGCCCAAGGAGGCAGUCACGACAAAGCAAAACUCUUUUGGCAUCUCGGGACUUAUGCAGGCAUUUCGCUUCCGCAAGAAGCCCGACGACGUCAAGAGUAUGAAAGGCGCCAGCAUGGUCAGUCUAGAAAACUCGACGCACCGGCCACUUCCCCCCAAACCUCGUUCUCUCUAUCGACCCUCUGCCGACCAACCGGCAUCACCCGUCGAUGCCCAUGCAGCAAUGUCCGCCGCCUCGUCUCCGACCGGCACGACCUACUUUGGUGAAUCCUACUUUGGUGUUCGCGUCCAACCCAAAGCUGACAAUCGCGUCGGAGGUCUCUCACGCAUGAUGAGCAGCAUCUUCCGUCGAUCGAAAAAGUCGAGUUCGGCAGAAGCCAUUAUGACAAAGCCAGCGGCGAUUACCCCCAUCGUCCCUCGAGUUCCAGCACACGACUCGUCCGCUUGCUCUUCUCCGCCUGGAGGUCCAGGCAUAGUGCGACCAGAAUCCGAAGAGGAGCUCGACCCACUCUUCAUCACAUACUCGUCCGAUGACGAUGAAGAGGACGAGUAUGAUGUGCAGCUGGUCGGGUUUGGCGGAUACGGUGGCGAGAAUUCUCACCUAAACUCGAAUGGCCUGUCGCCCAGCGAUGGCUCACGGUCUUUCCCUGCGUUUGGACAGUUUAACCCUGAUCAUAGCGUGAUCAAACGGACGUCGACGACGACGUCUGAACCGCCACAGCGCGUAUACGACCCGGCUUAUCAACAACAUACACACAGAUCCAUGGAGGAUUUCAAUGUAGAGACAAUCACUUCGACGCCAUCGUCUCCUCGUCAGGGAACGAUUUACAUUCCUGGCGCGUCCCAGCCACCCCCACCUCGAACAUCACAUCCGGCAAUGAUCACGAGGAGUAUUGGCCAGAAUAAUUUGGCCUCUGAAGGAGAGGAUGACGAGUCGGAUGAAGAGGGUGAUGUUGUGAUCUCGAUCAAGACGAGGAAUCGACGGCAUAACGAGUAG